GUCACCAGAAAGAUUAGUUCCUUCGGGAGUACUUGAUCAAAAGUGCUAAAGGACACUACUGUAAGUCAGAACUGAUCUCGACUUGGAUCUAAAUCUUAUAGAGUUUUUGCUCUCUUUGAUACUUGCUGGCGCGAAUAACAGUAUGUCCUCUAUCACGAAGGUGUCUGUUGGUCCAGACGAUGCUGGGCAGGGCGGUGUUGGAAAACUACCACCUUCCAACAAGAACUUGCCUGAUUUCGUGCUGCACAACACGUGGCCAGAGGGAGAGGCGUAUAGCGUGAUAGAAGAAGUGAAAGCGGUCAUCGAGAGGGUCGAAUCGAGCACGUCUUGGAAUCAUGGGAUGUUAUCAGGUCAAAACCUUCAUUACAGAAGCUAGCCAGAAGAUUCCGAUGCCGAACAAUUUGGUCGGCUAUCAUGAUGGAGAGGAACAGAAUCUUCAAAACGGUGAUGCUGCUUUGUUCGCUGCUGGGACCUCCUCCCUCAAACGCUGAGCAGAUAGCCUCGAAUUUUGAAAAAAACGGCAUAGGGUUGGACUUUGGUAAACAUGGAUGCAGCGGGGUUCGCGGAGCGGGGAGUCACCUCUGCGGUAGCGAGAGCCAGAAUAUCUGGCUUGAUCGAGAAAACACAGUCCGAUCUCUCUUCGGGAGUGAAAAAUGCCGAAACUAUGCGAAAGGUUGUAGAAUGAUCUCGUGGAGAUAUGGAUUCUAAGGAUCUUGAAAGAGAAGUACAGCAAAUCGCGGUUGCAGGAAAAGAGACGAAAAUUAUCGUGUACUUAGUCGAUAUGAAAACUACUUCUACGCCAGACAACCCAGUUCCAGAGCCACAGGACGUUGAAACUGACAAUCUAGCCAAAUAAUCCACAGCCAGACUGCAUGCUGCAUGGAAAGAAGUGACUGUUCGUGAAAAUAUGGUCACCUUUCGUCAUGGCGGUGCCGCCGAGCACAUGUCUUUCUGGCAUAAGGGAGUUGCGCAUGCAACCGGCAAUGGUGCUCCUGCGAAACGGCAUGUGCUCUCGUUCCUAGGAAUGUACAAUGUUUAAGACUCCAACUACUUUCAAUUUAGAGCACGCAGCAGAAAAACUUCUUCAAAGAUGAUCCUAUGAAGAUACCAGACGACAGAUACGGUGAAUCUGCCGACGUCCCUUCUUAUUAUUUUCCCUGUUCAAAAUGUAUAAUAUGAUCUAAGUAUCUAAGAUUUUGUUGCCUUGCUCAUUUUCACGGUUUGCUUUGCGGAGCUCUCUCUCUUG